UGUUGUCUCUCCCCCUCAAGGUUGUUUGAGACCCUUCAGUCCCUGUUCUGGUCCAUCUUCGGCCUGCUGAACCUCUACGUGACCAACGUGAAGGCGCGCCACGAGUUCACCGAGUUCGUGGGCGCCACCAUGUUCGGGACGUACAACGUCAUCUCCCUGGUGGUGCUGCUCAACAUGCUCAUCGCCAUGAUGAACAACUCCUACCAGCUCAUCGCCGACCACGCCGACAUUGAGUGGAAGUUCGCCCGCACCAAGCUGUGGAUGAGCUACUUUGAUGAGGGGGGCACGCUGCCCCCCCCCUUCAACAUCAUCCCCAGCCCCAAGUCGGUGUGGUACCUUCUCACCUGGCUGCACCAGCGGCUCUGGGCCCGCCGCCACAACCCCAACGGAGAGUCCCACAAGUGUGGCAACCUGAGGGAGUUCACGGAGCGGCAUGCCGACAGCUUAAUCCAGAACCAACAUUAUCAGGAAGUGAUCCGUAGCCUGGUGAAGCGGUACGUGGCGGCCAUGAUACGCAGCGCGAAGACGGACGAAGGACUCACCGAGGAGAACUUUAAGGAGCUGAAGCAGGACAUCUCCAGCUUCCGCUACGAGGUCCUCGAUCUGCUCGGCAACCGCCGCCCCCCGCGGAGACACUACUCCUCCUCCAGCGAGCCAAUGAAAGACGAGGGGGCGGCGACCUCGGAGGAAGACAGCGAAUCGUGCGACGGAGGAGGAGGAGGAGGUCAGAAGACGAAGAGCGUGAGUUUCCUGGAGCCGCAGCAGGCGCAGGAGUCGGGGCAGGUCCUGUACGGGGUGUCGGCGCUGGUGCGCUCCAUCUCCGGCCUGACGGGGGGCGAGAGGGAGGGGGAGAGAGGGGGGGAGUCGGGGGAGGGGGAGGUGGAGGAGCGGGACCUGGAGGAGGGGGUGAGGUGGCGGUACGAGGAGCAGGACGAGGCCGUGCCGAAGAGCAACGGCCUAAAGACCACGCUGGGGCCCCCUCCGCCCCUGACGGUGCUCCCCUCCUCCUCCUCCACCUCCUCCACCUCCUUCUCCUCCUCCCUCUCCUCCUCGCUGGCCCACACCCGGAGCAGGCUGCAGCGCCUCACCUCCACCCGGAGCAAGACGGACUCCUUCAGCAGCCUCUCCUACCUGUUCUCCCGCGCCCAGCGCAAAGCCCCGCCCCCGGCCCGCCCGCUCCACCAAUCCCCUUCCUCCUACACCAUCUCCGACGGCCUGCUGGACGCCGACCCGGGCCUGGGCCGCGGGACCCGCAGCGAGACGCGCCUCCACGAGCUGGGCCGGCUCGACCCCUCCCUCUCCCCGCUGAGGACCAAUGGCAGGGACUCGCUGCUGACGUUGCCCCUCCCGCCGCCGUGCCCCUGCCAAUCACUGCACUGUGCUUCCAACCUAUCAGAGUCCAGCGCUCGCCUGCUGGACUCCAGCGAGGACGUGUUCCAGGGCUUGGGGGGAGGAGUCGGGAGGGGGGGGAGCGGGGGUGGGCGGGGCCUCAUGCUGAUGGGCGGGUGGGUGGGGCCUUGCGAGGACGUCGUGGACGACGGCUGUGACGUCAUGGAGGAGUCGGUCACCACCCAGCUAUAGACUAGCGAGCUACCCGAUAGCGACCCGCGGGGACACCUACCUGUAGGCUAUAGGCUACCUGGCUACACGCCGCCUAGGCUAUAGCUUGAGGCUAGCUAGGCUAUAGCACUCGGCGGCCGCGACAUGCACAGACUGUUUGGACCUCUGGGCUCCUCUCCACCGAGAGAUGGCGCGGUGAGUCACACGGAGCAAGACGAGAGAGAGGAGGGAGAAGAUGUUUUUAGAAGUGCAUGUGGUGCUGUGCGAGGCUGGUCUGACUACAUUUAGAGUUCUCUCAGCCCCUUCGUAUAGAGCAUGACCACCUGGGCACCGGGCCAGGGCCCAACACACAGGGCCCUUAUCUCCCUGUGAUCUCCUUCGACCCAUCGCUUCUCAGAGCAUGAAGAACCUCCUCCCAGACGUUAGGAUUUCUCUUCAAACUGGUUUACUGCCAGUGUUUAUUUAAUAGCAAUGAUUUAUCUUCGAACCGGUUUCAAGUGAAUGGAACUGAACAGAGUGUACCGAUCCGGUAUCUCUCUGAAUCGGGAUCCAAACCAUCGGAUAUACCUUUACUUUCCUUCGGAUCAAGAACGGAUUAGCUCCGCUAGAGACCAUAGCAUUGACAGGUUUUGAUAAUGGAAUAGAUCGUUAAGUACGUUAUGGAUUAUUGGGACUUUCCGGAAUCUUCUACAAUUGGAAAAGAAAUGCAAUGGAACCACUGAUCAGCUGACCCCAGCUUCUCUGCCUCGCUCUCUCCCCCUCGCUCGCUCGCUCUCUCGCUCCCUCUUUCACUCUCUCUCUCUCUCUCUCGCUCCCGCUCUCUCUCUCGCUCCUUAUAGGGCCAAGGAUCUGUCCUUUAUGUUAUCAACAUUUAUAGUAAUAAUAAUAAUAAUAAUAUGAAUAAUAUACUUUUUACUGGUUCUCUUUGCUUGGUGAAGAGUCGUCUGGUGUGCCAGCUUCUCGCUCUGCUCUUCCUGAAUAUGUUUCACAUAUUUUCAUGGUUAAUAAAUGUUUAUUAACGCAAUUUAAAAUGUAUUUACAUGAGGCUGUGCUGAGGGAGGGAUAGGAAGGAGGGAAGGAAUCAAUGGAGGAUGAAUGGCAGGAAGGGAGGAGAGAUAAGAGUCAAGGAGGGAGGGAAGGAGGUAGGGAGAGGGGAGAGAGGGAGGGAGAGGGGAGAGAGGUUGGGUUAGGGUUAGAGGUAGGGAGAGAGGGGGAGAGAGGGGGGAGAGGGGAGAGAGGUUGGGUUAGGGUUAGAGGUAGGGAGAGAGGGGGAGAGAGGGGAGAGAGGUUGGGUUAGGGUUAGAGGUAGGGAGAGAGGGGGGAGAGAGGGGAGAGAGGAAGGGAGAAAUAUGAAGAAAGAAAGAAGGAAGGCUAACUGAAGAGAAUGGUUGGUUAUUUUUCUAUGCGUGAACAUAUUUUCACUAGAAUGUUACUAGAGCUUUGUUUCGAUAGGCUGACCUGGCCCUCCAAAGGUUGGUCCUGAUUGGCUGAUAUUUUGACUCUGGUUUAACUCCUCUGUCAACGACACAGAAUUAUGCAUGUUUGACCCAAACCUCAGACCCCGUAGACACACUAACACACACACACACACACACACACACACACACACACACACACACACACACACACACACACACACACACACACACACACACACACACACACACACACACACACACACACACAUACUAGCUCACAGACACUAAAAACACACACUCACAUAUACGCACGCACAUGCACAAAUACGCACACACACGCACCCAUACGCACACACACACACACACACACACGUACACACACACACACACACACACACACACACACACACACACACACACACACACACACACACACACACACAAACAUACACACACUCAAAGUCAGACAGAGACGCACUCACACAAACACUCAGAAGCCUCAACUCAGGCACACAAAUAGACUCACAAACACACACACACACACACACGCACGCACAACCUCACACAUGGUCCUGUGAAGCUGGGUCGGUAGAGGUAAGGCAUAAAAAGUGUCAGGGUUAAGGGUUGAUUCCCACUGGGGACCUCAUUGCGCUGAAAGCCGCUUUGGUUAAAUGUGUUGACCAAACGUCAUUUAUAAUUCAGACCACAAACAGACCCAUUCUAUAUAUAUGUAUCGCUAUCUGUCUCUCCCCCUUCCUCACCGUGAAGAGAUGGAGAGUGAUGGAGAGAUAGAGAGAUGGAGAGAUAGAGUGAAAGAGAGAGUAGGGGCUGGAGGCCAAAUAUUUUGCCCUUUAUUCAAUGUCUCAAGAGUCUUCCUCUCAACAUCCCAUAAUAAUAGAAUCGCAUCCCCCCUUCUCCAUGUUUAACAGCAUGUUACCAACUCCCCCCCCCCUCCGUUUCUCAUCCUCUUGCUAUGAAUCUCUCACCCCUUUCUAAAUCCCUCUCUCUCUCUCCCCCUCUCUCUCCUCUCUCUCUCCCCUUUCUCUCCCCCCUCUCUCCCCUCUCUCUCCCCUCGCUCUCUCCCCUCUCUCUCCCCCCUCUCUCCCCUCUCUCUCCCCUCUCUCUCCCCUCUCUCUCCCCUCGCUCUCUCCCCUCUCUCUCCCCCCUCUCUCCCCUCUCUCUCCACCCUCUCUCCCCCUCUCUCUCCCCUCGCUCUCUCCCCUCUCUCUCCCCCCUCUCUCUAUCCCCUCUCUCCCCCCUCUCUCUCCCCUCUCUCUCCCCCUGCUCUCUCUUUCUCUCUCUGCCUAUCACUCCCGGCCCUGGAUCCACCACCACUAUCAGAAUGUCAGGCCAUGACCCUGAGACCGAGAUUGCUCUUUCAACAUCUCAUAAUUAUAAUGUCAGCGCAUCUCUCCGCUCCCAGGGUUGGGGCUAAUUGGCUCGCGUUACUAGUGUUUUUCCGCUGUCUCUUAGCAUUAGCCUCGCCCACCUUCCUUUAACUGCAUCAUUGUUAGUGUCACGACAUGCUAAUGUUAAAAAGACAACCUAGCGUGAAGAUUGUGUGAGUGAAUCACUUUGUUAACAUAUUGUCAUAGAGUAAAUCAAUUCCAACCAAUGGCAACACAAAGCGAGUGGCUUAGCUGCUCACACUCGGCCCAAUCAGAACCUCAAUAAUCAAACCAAAAUAACGUAGCUCCGGCCUAAAGUCCUGUUUCACAUGGAACUAUAUCACAAGAUCCUUAUCGGAUGGCGAUGCUGAUAAUCUUGCAAGCUAGCAUGAAGACACACAUAACUGACACACCGGGUGACACGACAUUCGCUUUAGCUGACCUUCCAUUCUAGAUCAACGCUCACAGAUUAACCUAAUUAUGUACAUAAUAACUAUGUGCUAUACUAUGUAAUAUGUACUCAAUCUCAUGUGGAACAUUAGCGUUAGAUUAGGUACCAGCAAAUGUAAAUGUUCCAACAAUCCAUUUAUUAAUUUGUAAUGUGUUUAGUUCAUUAGCUGACCUUUUAUCCAAAACGGAUUUCAGUCCAUAAAUCGGGAUUUCGGAUCAUUAAGGAGGAGGUAGCUGGGAGUCAGGCACCUGAACCACUGGACGCUUCUGUCCCAGCUAGUAAACCGUUUGAAAGGGCCCAAGUCCUCUGCUCUCCAGCCGUACGAGUGCCAGAGGAGAGGUAGACCGCGUGGACAUCAGUGGCCGUACCCAAUGCCUUUCGGCUUGGAGGCACCCAAACGCCAGCUCUGGAACUAAGAUCUAGCGUCUCUAGCUGCUCAGGAGGGGGGGAAGGCUGUCUGCACACCUCCCCUGAGAGGCGUGUGCUCGUGGGCCACUGAUUUAUCGGUCUAACCUUUAAACGAUACCAUGGAAAUGUCAGGGGAGGGGGCACGAGAGUGGCAACAGAGCUCCGACCAGAGAGCCCUCUCCUCAUACAACUAGUCUAUAACCACAGACUCUCUCCUCAUACAACUAGUCUAUAACCACAGACUCUCUCCUAAUACUAGUCUCUAACCACAGACUCUCUCCUAAUACUAGUCUCUAACCACAGAUCCUUUCUAUUUAUCAACUGAGCAGUCUAACGACAGACCACCUCUCCUGAUGUUUCAACAGAGACCACCCAUGCGUGCAUAAACAUGCACAUACACACACGUGCUUGCAUGCUAACAAACAAAUGCACAGACACACACACAAAUGCACGCACACAAACACACGUUUGCCUAUGCACUAACAUACACACAUGCACUUGCACACACAUGCACAUACAAAACACUGACACACGUGCACAACAAACGUGCAAAAAACACACACACACACACACACAUACACACUGACAAACUGACACACAAACACAGAUCUUGUGGCUAAAUCAAUACAAUGUAAUCUCGUAUGGGUCCUAUGGGGGACACACAGGGUAGGGAGGACGGUCAAUCAGAGACUAUUGAUCUGGGAUUGGAUAUUGAUCCUGUUUAUUACUGAUUGACGUGUAUAGAUCAGACACACAGCAGGUUUUUGACUUCAUACACAGGAGUGACUGCGUUUGUGUCUGUGUGUGUGUGUCAGGGAGCGUGAGUGCAGGUUAUGAACUUGAUGAACCAAUAGGGACAGAGUGAUGGAGGAAGGAGGGAGAGAAGAGAGAGAAGAGCAGAACACACUGAUGAACACAAAACCAAACAUACGCACAGCAUAAACGUCUGACAUUAUUGAUACAACAUACACACACACACGCGCGCACACAUACGGACAAAAAUAUAGACAAACACUAACACUCGCACACUUUGUACAAACACACAAUCCCAUUGAUAAUCACACACACACUGACUGACUGACACACACACACACACACACCGACUAAGAAAUACAUAUAGGGGCAGUCACAUGGUGUGGGUAAACACUGGCAUGGGAAACAGGAGAGGAGAGAGCAUUGUUGCCAUGGUUACCACUUCAUUGCCACAGUUACCGCUGUGUCAUUGUCAUCGUUACAUUGUUGUCACUGUUACGUUGUCGUUACACAUCGUAUCGCCAGGUGGAACAGACACAAGACGCUGUGCCGUCCUCACAGUUACCCUUGCACACACACACACACACACACACACACACACACACACACACACACACACACACACACACACACACACACACACACACACACACACACACACACACACACACACACACAACACACGCACAUACACACAGACAGCACCAGGGGAGGGUUGGUUACUAUGGGUACGGGUGCACUGAGCACACAGGAGUCGAAGGGCUAUCGUUUGACUUGGCUUGUCAUCAAUAUAACUAUGUACUCAAUAACACACACACACACACACACACACACACACACAUCCUUCAGGUCUCCUGUUUGUGAAGCUAAACAGGGUCUUAAGCUUUAAAUCCAUGUGUUUGUUUUGUGUGUGUAUGUGUGUGCGUGUGUGUGUGGAUAGAGUGUGCGUGUGUGAGAGCGUUACAGUGUGUGUGAGUGUGUGUGUGUGUGUGUGUGUGUGUGUGUGUACUAUAGGUCUAUGGUAUUUUUCUAGAAGCAGAUGCUAGUGCACGUUGUCUGUACUUUAAUAAAGCUUCCUUAUUAAAACCU